AUGGAACACUCAUAUUUUGCUUCAUCUUCUAGUACUGUAGAAAAUCAAAUUGAACCAUUUGAUUUUUUUGCAGAUAAAACCCAAAAUGCAUUUGAAUUUCUUAGUUUGUCUCAACCAUCUGAUCAGAAUAUUGAAAAAAUGUCUAAUUAUCAAGAAAACCCUAAUCGGGACAAAGAAGAUGAUGUGACUGUUACCUUACACAUUGGUCUUCCAAAUUCCAGCAAUAAUAAUAAUAUACCAAUUGAUCAUAACAAAGGUGAUGGAAAUAUUGUUGGAGCAGCCACUCAAUAUUGGAUACCAACUCCUUCACAAAUUCUUGUUGGCUUCACCCAUUUUUCAUGUCACAUUUGUCACAAAACUUUCAAUCGUUACAACAAUCUUCAGAUGCACUUGUGGGGCCAUGGUUCACAAUAUCGAAAAGGGCCAGAAUCACUUAAAGGAACACAACCAAGAGCGAUGUUAGGGAUUCCAUGCUAUUGUUGUGAGGAAGGGUGCAAGAACAACAUAAAUCACCCAAGGGCUAAGCCAUUGAAGGAUUUUCGAACAUUGCAAACACAUUACAAGAGAAAGCACGGGACAAAGCGUUUCGUGUGUAGGAAAUGUGGCAAGUGCUUGGCUGUGAAAGGAGACUGGAGAACACACGAAAAAAAUUGUGGGAAACGUUGGCUUUGUAUUUGUGGUUCCGAUUUUAAACAUAAGAGAUCUUUGAAGGAUCAUAUCGCGUCGUUUGGUGAAGGCCAUGGACCAUCUCCUCAUACUCAUACUAAUAGGAGUUGA